AUGAACUCUUCAGACAACGCAAGUUCCCCACAGCAGGUGGCUCUGAGGGAUAGUCUUGUGUCUGCAGUGGUGAAAAACCUCCUGGUGGUUCUUCUGUGGUUCUUGCUCCAGUACAUCAAUGCCACCUUGUUCGCCACCUUCUUCAAACACCAGACAUUUCAUGAGGAGCCCCGCUACAUCCUGUUCAUUCACAUGGUGAUCAACGACAGCGCCCAGCUGAGCUUCAGCGUCACCCUCUUCCUGCUCAGCUACAUCGUGUUCCACAUCCGUGUGUCCCUGUGCUGCGUGUUCAUCCUGCUGACCGUGUUCAGCACCAGAAACACGCCGCUCAACCUGGCUGCCAUGGCGGCCGAGCGCUACGUGGCCAUCUGCAGGCCUCUAAGGCACCACCAGCUGUGCACGGCCCGGAGGACCUACCUGACCAUCCUGCUCAUUUGGUUGGUCAGCGUGGCCCCUGAGGUCACUGACCUCUUUUUCACCGUGGCCAGCCAGCCCCCGGGCUUCUUCCUGGGCUACGUCUUCUGCGUGCGCUCCAACGUCUUCCCGGAUGCCCUCAUGAUGCACAAGCGCAUCGCCUUCGAUUGCUUCUAUUUCCUGUGCGUCUUCCUCACGCUGGUGUUCACGUACAUCAAGAUCCUGAGGGCGGCGCGCUCGGCCUCAGCCCAGAAGGGUCUGGCCGAGAGGGCCCGCAACACAGUCCUGCUGCACGGCGUCCAGCUGACCAUGUGCCUGCUGGCCUAUGUGUCGCCCGGUGUAGAGCUGCUGCUGCUGCUGGUCUUCCCGAGCCACAUGCGGGAGAUCCGCUACGUGGGCUACCUACUGGUCAACAUACUGCCCCGCUUCCUCAGCCCCGUGAUCUAUGGCAUCCGUGACGACAAGUUCCGCAGGUUUCUCAACGAAACGCAGAGAUCCUGUUUCGCGCCGGUCAGGCCCAGGAAGCGGCCGCCAGGGGGCGUCGUGUCCCGCUGA